GCGGGAGAUUCAAAUCUGCGGCGGCUCCUCGCCGGUGGCGCGGGUGGGCUGUUGCUGGCCCGCGUCCUCUAGCCAUGGAUAACCCGGAAAAUGUCUUUCAAAUGUUUGAAGCCCAUAUGCAGAGCUACAAGGGCGAUGAUCCACUUGGUGAAUGGGAAAGUUACGUGCAGUGGGUAGAAGAGAACUUUCCUGAGAAUAAGGAAUACUUGACAACUUUAUUAGAACAUUUGAUGAAGGAAUUUUUGGAUAAGAAGAAAUACCACAAUGACCCAAGAUUCAUCAAUUAUUGUUUAAAAUUUGCUCAGUACAACAGUGAUCUUCAUCAGUUCUUUGAGUUUCUGUACAACCACGGGAUCGGGACCAUGUCAUCUCCUCUGUACGUAGCCUGGGCAGGGCAUCUGGAAGGCCAGGGAGAGCUGCAGCAUGCCAGUGCUGUUUUUCGGAGGGGACUUCAAAACCAGGCUGAGCCAAGAGAGCUGCUGCAACAACACUACAGGUUAUUUCAGGCACGCCUCACCGAAACGCAUUUGCCAUCUCAAGCUAGAACCUCAGAACCUCUCCAUGAUGCUCAGAUUUUAAACCAAAUGAUGACAUCAAAAUCAAAUCCAGGAAAUAACUCAGCCUGCAUUUCUAAGAAUCAGGGUUCAGAAGUUUCUGGGGUAGUAUCUUCAGCUUGUGAUAAAGAGUCGAAAAAGGAACAGAGGGUGAUCAUGAUUUCUAAAUCAGAAUACUCUGCACGAGCACCUUCAGCAGCCAGAGCUGACGUGCAGCAGGUUGUUAUGUAUUGCAAGGAGAAGCUUCUUCGUGAAGAAUCAGAAUUUUCCUUUGAAGAGCUGAGAGCCCAGAAAUACAAUCAACGGAGAAAGCAUGAACAAUGGGUAAAUGAAGAUAGACAUUAUAUGAAAAGAAAAGAGGCAAAUGCUUUCGAAGAACAACUAUUAAAACAGAAAAUGGAUGAACUUCAUAAAAAGUUGCACCAGGUGGUGGAGACGUCCCAGGAGAACUUGCCCGUUUUCCAGGAAAGGUCUGAGGUUAAUCCAGCAUAUAUGGGGCCAAGUGUAGGCUCCCAGCAGGAAAUGAGAGCUCCGUCUCUUCCAGCCAUCAAUCAUCAGACCUCAAAGAACAUGGGAGAGAAACCCGGAGAGACAAAUCCUAUUGUUCCUCUUCCUACGGCAAACACCGUCACUGCUGCCUUGGUGUCCCCGGCCAUCAGCCAGAGUGUAUCUCCUCGUGUUCCUUUGGCAGCCCAGCCAGUGACAGACUCCAUGUUUACAGUGGCCAGAAAAGAUGACAGGUGUGUGACUAAAAGCACUCAUGAAUUCAAGCCCCAGAGUGGAGCCGAGAUAAAAGAAGGGUCUGAAACACAUAAGGUUGUUAACACAGGUUCUUUUCACACAACUCCAAACACAUCGCUGGGAACGGUUCAGGCGACCCCAUCCAGGGUGCAGCCGUCACCCACCGUGCACACAAAGGAAGCAUUAGGCUUCAUCAUGAAUAUGUUUCAGGCUCCUACGCUUCCUGAUAUUUCUGAUGACAAAGAUGAAUGGCCAUCUCUCGAUCAAAAUGAAGAUGCAUUUGAGGCCCAGUUUCAAAAAAAUGCAAGGUCUUCUGGGGCUUGGGGAGUCAAUAAGAUCAUCUCUUCUUUGUCAUCUGCUUUUCCUGUGUUCGAAGAUGGAAACAAAGAAAAUUAUGGAUUACCACAGCCUAAAAAUAAACCUGCAGGAGCCAGGACCUUUGGAGAACGCUCUGUAAGCAGAUUUCCUUCAAAACCCAAUGAAGUACCUCACGCCGAAGAGUUUUUGGAUGACUCCACAGUCUGGGGUGUCCGCUGCAACAGGACCCUGGCGCCCAGUCCGAAGAGCCCCGGACACUUCACGGCUGCCGCACAGCUCGCGUCCACGCCUUUCAUCAAACCACCCGCGGAUGCAGGGCCUGCUCUGGAGGAUAAAGGUAAAAGCCGGAAGCUACUCUCUAUAGACACACAUACGGUGAUAAACCUAAACACUGGAUCCAUCAGGGCAGUGAGAAGCAGCCGGGGUAGCAGAGAUCCGUGGGAGCACUUCCUUCCAAUUCAAGAGAAAAGCCUAGAACCAGCGUUCCCUGCAGAUGUAUCUUCGGCACCCUUGCUCCGUGGGAGCCAGCCUGUCGCAGGUGGCGUGCUGGCCAGCGAGGUAGCACAGAGCCUCGAGGCUUGUAAACUCACAGACACCAACCUCGUCAUUGCAGAAGAUCCGCUGGAUGCCAGCGCUGGGCGCCGAGCAGAACGGAUGCAGACUAGUUCACUUGAGAAUGUCGGUGCUUCAAACUUGACUGUUGAGAAUCCAUGGGAUGAUGCAUUGAUUCUCGAACUUUUAUCUGGGCUUUCUAAACCAGUGAGAUCCUAUCCAAAUACUUACGAAUGGCAGUGUAAACUUCCAGCCAUCAAGCCCAAGACUGAGUUCCAACUGGGUUCCUUGCUGGUCUAUGUCGAUCACCUUCUUGGAGAAGGGGCCUUUGCCCAGGUCUAUGAAGUUACCCACGGAGAAGUGAAUGAUACCAAAAAUAAACAGAAAUUUGUUUUAAAGGUCCAGAAGCCUGGCAACCCCUGGGAGUUCUACAUCGGGACCCAGCUGAUGGAGAGACUAAAGCCAAGCAUGCGACACAUGUUCAUCAAAUUCUAUUCUGCCCACUUCUUCCAGAAUGGCAGUGUGUUAGUAGGAGAUCUCUACAGCUACGGCACGCUGCUAAAUGCUAUUAACCUGUAUAAAAACACCCCGGAAAAAGUGAUGCCUCAGGCGCUAGUGCUGUCCUUUGCGGUCAGGAUGCUCUUCAUGAUGGAGCAAGUGCACGACUGUGAAAUCAUUCAUGGUGACAUCAAGCCAGACAAUUUCAUCCUUGGAAACAGAUUUUUGGAACAGGACGGUGACGAUGAUGAUGUAUCUGCUGGCCUGGCACUGAUUGACCUGGGUCAGAGUAUAGAUAUGAAACUUUUCCCAAAAGGAACUACAUUUACAGGCAAGUGUGAGACAUCUGGUUUCCAGUGUAUUGAGAUGCUCAGCAACAAACCAUGGAACUACCAGAUUGAUUACUUCGGGGUCGCUGCAACGGUGUACUGCAUGCUCUUUGGCACUUACAUGAAAGUGAAAAAUGAAGGAGGGGUCUGGAAGCCCGAAGGUCUUUUUAGGAGACUUCCUCAUCUGGAUAUGUGGAGUGAAUUCUUUCACAUCAUGUUGAAUAUUCCAGACUGUCAACAUCUUCCAUCUUUGGACUUGUUAAGGCAGAAGCUGAAUAAAGUACUUCAACAACACUAUACAAACAAGAUCAAGACCCUACGUAAUAGGCUAAUUGUACUGCUCUUGGAAUAUAAGCGUUCUCGAAAAUAAAAUAUAGACAUUCCCUAAAAAUCACUUUGUAAAUGCUGGCCUGCUCACUUUGACCCUUGAUGUUUUCCACAUUUAUUGUUUAUAUAAAUGUUUCUUAAAAAUAAAGUCCACAAAAUAUA